AUGACGUCCAAAAAUAAAUGUUUAACACUAAAUGAAAAAAUUAAACUAAUUGAGUCAAGUGAAAAAGAUAAAUUAACAGUAAAACAAAUUUGUGAACUUUUCAAAUGUGGAAAAAGUCAAGUGUAUAAUAUAUUAAAGCAAAAAAAUGAAAUAAAAGAACAAUGGAUGAAUGGAAAUGGGCGAAUGAAAAGAAAACCAAAAUCCAACGCUAAUGAAGAAAUUAAUAAUUUGACUUGGGAGUGGUUUGUAAGUGCUAGAGCAAAAAAUAUACCAAUUUCUGGACCAAUUAUACAGACUAAAGCACGCCAAAUUGCUGAACAAAUGUCAGUCACCGAAUUUAAAGCAUCGAAUGGCUGGUUGGAAAGUUUUAAAAAUCGACAUAAUAUUGUUUGGCAUCAAAUUUGCGGUGAGUCAAAUAGUGUCGAUGUUAAAAAUGUUGAUGAAUGGAAGGUGAAAGUAAAAUUAAUUAUUGAAGGAUAUGAACCUAAAAAUAUUUAUAAUGGUGAUGAGACGGGUUUAUUCUUUCGCGCAUUACCAAGUAAAACACUAUCAGUGAAAAGUGAAGAGUGUAAAGGUGGUAAGCUUUCCAAAGAACGUUUAACGGUAUUUUUAUGUGCUAACAUGGAAGGAGAAUUUGAAAAACCUCUAGUUAUAGGCAAAGCACAAAAACCCAGAUGCUUCAAAAAUGUAGAUCCGACAAAAUUUCCCAUAAUUUGGCGAGCUAAUAAUAAAGCAUGGAUGACUGGAAGCAUAAUGGAAGAUUGGUUGCAUACAUUCAACAAUAAAUUAAAAAAACAAAAUCGAAGAGUUAUUUUAUUUCUUGAUAAUGCAACAUGUCAUCCGCAUUUAAAUUUAUCAAAUGUUCAUUUAGCGUGGCUUCCAGCUAACACGACAUCACUUACCCAACCAAUGGACCAAGGAAUUAUUUAUUCGAUUAAAGUAAAUUAUCGUAAAAUGGUUUUACAAUCGUUAUUAGCAAGUAUGGAUAGCAUAAAAAGUGUUAAUGAAUUGUCAAAUAAAAUUAAUGUACUAGAUGCAAUUUAUUGGUUGAAUAAAUCUGUAAACUUAAUAAAACCAGAUACAGUCAAAAAAUGUUUCAUAAAAGCCGGGUUUAAUUUAGUUUUGGACCAGCCAACAGAUGCCAUUAACGAUAACGAUAACGAUUUUAAAUUGCUAUGUUCUACAAUAAAUGAAAAAGUAGAUAGUGAUGAAUAUGUUAACAUCGAUAAGCAUUUAUGUACUAAUGAUACUGAUAUUAUUGCUGAUACUACAGUGAAACCUUGCACUUCAAUAGACGUUGAACAAUCCAGUUCCGAAGACGAAACAGAUAAUGUACCAUUGCACGGCAAUGAUAUUAAAACGUAUAAGAACGCCCUCCAUGAAAUAAAACGAUUAGAAAUGUUCGCAUUGGAUCAAAAUAAUGAAAAUGAACUUCUUGAAUCAAUUCUCAACUUGAAAAAUUUAGUAGAAAAGAAAAUGGCAAGUCAAAUAACAAAACAAAAAACAUUGGAUGAAUUUUGGAGUAAAAUAUAA